UUCAGCCAAAUCUUGACCAUAAGUAAUGUUAUUUUUGUAACUUUAUAUACAUGUUGAUUUGUAAAAGUCGCCAAUGAUUAAAUGAGCUUCAGGGAAAUACUAUUAAACGGGUGGAUACUUACAUAUUUAAUUACUUGUUGUGACGUAUUUAAAAACUACUAUUAGAAAUUACAGUUAUGCGAUGAAAGACAAGCGAAAAAAAGGAGUUCAUUUUUAAAACAUAAAAAUAUUUGGAAAAAUUAUCCAAAAUGAAAUCAUUGUUUUGUGCUGUGAUAUUCGGAACAAUUUUGUUGGUCAUGUCUAAUUGGACUUCAUUACACAAUUCAUCUGAACAAUUGCAAGAACAUUGUCCUGCAACGGAUAUUUAUGAAAUAGCUUUAUCUACUGUCGGCGGAGAAAUUUUUUCAAUGUUGAAUGCCAAUCAUUCUAUAAUGGUGCGGUUUGAUGAUUCUAAUUUUUAUUCUAUUAAUAUCUACAAAGAAUGUUAUGACUUUCAAUUCGAAAUCGAGGUAUAUUUUGGCUAUUAUAUUGAUGUCCUCGAAUUACAAGACUUGUUGGCACUGUGUGAAAACGGAACCGUUAUUGAGAAAUUAUUUUGUGAUCCGUUUAGCAUUUAUAAUGUAAACUAUGUUGAUGAUUCAGUGUUUCCAUAUUUUUCUGGUGUAAAUAUUUUUUUUUCGGACGAGCUUCAUCACUGUACCGCUUUGUUCAGAAAUUUCAUCACGCAAAAGAACUAUACAGUGACUAACGUUGAUUUAAACUUUUUUCUUUACAACAUGACUUCCUGUUGGGGAAUGAUGUCACUACUCAAUCAACAGAACAUUUUCAUUCUACAACCGAAUGAAUAUGAUAUGCAAGGAAUGUUAGUACUUGGAGAGAUGGCAGUCGGAUUUAGUCAACCUGAUUACAAAGCGGUUUUUAUUGGGACACAAGAUGGCUCUUGUAUGAAACGUUUUGUCGAGUACUUUCGUCUAAACAGUUAUUAUACUAGUGAAGAGUACAUUCUUAGCCCUGAUGUGAUAAUUGAAUUCAAAAAUGAGAACUCUUGCCUAGAAGUUUAUUAUAAUUGCCGCAAAGAUUGGGAUUUUAUUUUACCUGUCGAUUUACCAAAUAAAUCCCUUGCUUAUUUGCAGAUGGUUAUAGCAGGAGAAGUGACGCUUGUAAAUUGUUUCGUACUUUAUAUAUUUCUUCAAAAAUCCAACCGUUCGCCUACAACACUACUCUUAUCAAUGCUGGCAGUGUCUGACACUCUGACAGCGUUGUUUAUAUGUAUACCAACGAUUAUCGCUUACCAAGUUUAUCAACAUCAUAUCAGUUUUAAUGGUACUGUUCUUUCAUGGAACUUAAUUGACUACAAUUCGUGCAUAAUAAGCGGCGCAACACACUUUAAAUAUGCUUUCCAUUUAUUGUCCGUUCUCAUAACAACUUUGUUGAGUAUGCAGAAGGCAAUAGCUCUUCGUUUUCCAUUAUGGAGCAUAAGAGGCUUAACCAACAACAGAAGUGUCAAAAGUUCGGCUAUUGCAUUUACACUGAGCAUAAUUCUAUUCUUACCAAAUGUCGUAAUAUGGAAGAUUCUUUCCAAAGACGUUGAUGGAAGCUGUUGCAUAGAUGGUGACCUAAUCGUAAAAUAUUACGACGUGUACAGAAAUAUAAAUCUAACGAGCGAUAUAUUGACUGUUAUUGCUAUAUUCAUUUCUCUAAUAUGUACAAUUUACAUAACUUGUAAAUUGACAUGCCUUCGACGAAAUCUCCCGUGGUCUGACAACAUGACUGUCAGGAAAAAACACCUUAUGUCCGCCAUUACUGUCGUUGUCAUCUGCGGCAUAUUCAUUGCAUCAGAAGUAUUGCAUAUCAUGACAGGUGUAAUGUUCUGGAUUGUGACCUAUUAUGAGAGUGAUUAUAAGCUUGUAACAUUACUUGAAAGUACCAAACAAUAUUCCGACCUUAGCUUAUUGAUAGGAUUUUCCUUAAAUUUCGUAGUCUAUCUUGCAAUGAGUACGCAACUGCGAGAAAAGCUUUUAAAUGGUGCCAAAGAAAUAACUGGAUCUAAACGGCGUAAGAAAAAUGACCGCAAAAGUGUGUCAAAUAGCACUACUAGGAAAUAUAUAAAUUCGAAUUCGAAUGAAUCUUAAAUCUUCACAAAUACUUAUCAUUUUGUGAAAUUAACAACAACAUGGCUUGUACUGUGCCCAAUGACAUAUAGGCUAACUGAGCAAUCAGCAUAAUGAUAAUUAAAAAUGUCAAUGACUCGAUUUUUAAAUACUAGUACAUAUAACUGUGUAUAAUGAACGGGCCGACUGUUUUACUUCCCGAAUAUAUUCGAGAAGGAGAUGUCUUAGGUGUCUCAAUUUGAAUAGUUACAAUCAACC